UGACGUUAGAGGUAAAGGUUGGUGCGUGUAGUUCAAUACUGUAGAAUGACUUUAUUUUGGUGGUAAGUUUUUUUUCUGCCCACGCCUUGAUCUCUCAUACAAAAACCAGGGAUCAAAUUCAGGUUUCUUGGCCAGUUUAUUAUUUGUGCCGAAGACAAUAAAAUCUUUGCGUGUUUCGCCCGUUCGCACGCAUGCAGUGCCGUGACUUGUGGUUUCGGCAGAUUUGCGCUGUCCGACGCCACUGCGCAUGCCUACAGAACCCGGGCUCGGCCUGCUGUUUUUCUAACUCCAGAUCAGCCCAAGCACAGCCGUCUAAUUCAAAACAAGGACAUAAAAACGCAGAAACGGGGAAUUCAUGGGCUAAGAGUGAUCAUCUUCACUGUGGCCAGAAUCUGGGUCUGAUCACCUGUUUCGCUUGUUGAGGAAUUGUGCCUUUCUGUAAUUUUCCACAGGUGUGGUCUCGGACAGGAGCGCUGAUUGGCUGUGUGUUUAUUUGUAGGUGUGGUCUCGGACAGGAGCGCGGAUUGGCUGUGUGUUUAUUUGUAGGUGUGGUCUCGGACAGGAGCGCUGAUUGGCUGACAUGUGGCACCUUCACACCCGGACCCGGAGGAAACCAGAGCACCACGUGGGCUUCCGAUAACCCGGAUCCUGAUUGGCUCGUCUCGCACUGAGACCCUGCCCCUCCCCGUACUCCAAGGACGGAUCACAGAUGUCUACCUCACGUUUAAAGGGAAAACAAGCUGCACCGCGACCCUGAACAAGCUACAUCAUGACCUCCAGCAUAGACCGGGAUGACAGCAGCAUUUUUGAUGGGUUGAUGGAAGAAGAUGAGAAGGACAAAGCCAAACGAGUGUCCCGGAAUAAGUCUGAGAAAAAGAGGAGAGACCAGUUCAAUGUGCUCAUCAAGGAACUGGGAACCAUGUUGCCAGGCAACACACGCAAGAUGGACAAGUCCACCAUCCUGCAGAAGAGCAUUGAUUUCCUGCGUAAGCAUAAAGAAAUUGCAGCGCAGUCUGAGUCGAGUGAAAUCAGACAGGACUGGAAGCCUCCGUUCCUUAGCAACGAGGAGUUCACACAGCUGAUGCUGGAGGCUCUGGACGGUUUCUUCCUGGCAAUAAUGACUGACGGGAAUAUAAUCUACGUCUCUGAGAGUGUUACAUCCUUAUUGGAACACUUACCUUCGGACCUGGUGGACCAGAACCUGCUGAACUUCCUGCCUUUGGGGGAACACUCUGAGGUGUAUAAAGUCCUCUCUACACAGAUGCUGGAGGGGGAGACCCUAACCCCUGAGUAUCUGAAGACGAAAAACCAGCUGGAGUUCUGCUGCCACAUGCUGCGUGGGACGAUCGAUCCCAAAGAGCCGCCCGUGUACGAGUACGUCAAAUUCAUCGGGAAUUUCAAAUCCCUCAACAAGGUGUCCAGCUCUACACGGAACGGGCUGGAGGGCGUGAUCCAGCGCUCCCUGCGCCCCGCCUUCGAGGAUCGCGUCUGCUUCAUAGCCACGGUCCGACUCGCCAAACCGCAGUUCAUUAAGGAGAUGUGUACAGUAGAGGAGCCUAAUGAAGAAUUCACCUCCAGGCACAGUUUAGAGUGGAAGUUUCUCUUUCUAGACCACAGGGCUCCCCCUAUAAUUGGCUACCUGCCUUUUGAGGUUCUGGGCACGUCAGGCUACGAUUACUACCAUGUGGAUGACCUGGAGACUCUAGCCAAAUGUCACGAACACUUGAUGCAGUAUGGGAAGGGGAAGUCCUGUUACUACAGGUUCCUGACCAAAGGCCAGCAGUGGAUCUGGCUGCAGACGCACUACUACAUCACGUAUCACCAGUGGAACUCUCGCCCCGAGUUCAUCGUCUGCACCCACACUGUCGUCAGUUAUGCGGAGGUGCGGGCGGAGCAGCGCAGAGAGCUGGGCAUUGAGGAGUCUCCCCCCGAAACUGCUGCGGAUAAGCAGAGUCAGGACUCGGGCUCCGAGUCCCAACUCAACACCUCCAGCCUGAAGGAGGCGCUGGAGCACUUUGAUCACAGCCGCACCCCCUCCGCCUCCUCUCGAAGCUCCAGGAAGUCCUCCUCCCACACGGCGGUGUCCGAUCCUGCCUCUACGCAGACCAAACUCCUGACUGACCAGAGCACGCCGCCACGCCAGUCCCUCUCCGCCGUAGAGAUGAGCUCCCAGCGCCGCUCGUCCGUCAGCAGCCAGCAGUCUAUGAGCUCCCAGAACACCAGUCAGAACCUGGCCCAGCCCAUGAUCACCCAGCCACAACCCCAGCAACAGGUGCAGCCCAGUGUGCAGUUCUCUGCGCAGCUUGGCGCCAUGCAGCACCUAAAGGAGCAGCUAGAGCAGCGCACACGCAUGAUUGAGGCCAACAUCCAGCGGCAGCAGGAGGAGCUGCGCAAGAUCCAGGAGCAGCUGCAGAUGGUGCAGGGCCAGGGUCUGCAUAUGUUCCCCCAGCAGACAGGCGGGACCCUGAGUUUAGGAUCCACCCUCACCCAGGGUGGGGCCCUCACCAUGCAGGGUGGGGUGCUCCCUGCUGCCCCCCUCCAGACUGGCCUGGCGUCUGCUCAUGUUGUCCAGCAACAGCAAGCUCUGCCCCCCCAGCAGCAGGCUGCAGCCCAGCAACAGCAGGCCACGCCCCAGAACCUCCUACGUGAGCAGAGCUCCUCCCACACACAGUCCCAGCGUUCCUCUGGCUCUCUCCCAGCCUCGCUCUAUAACACCAUGAUGAUCUCUCCGCCGGGCUCUGCCAGCGUGGUCCAGAUCGCCACCAGCCUGGCACAGAGCAGCACCCAGAGUGGGGCGGUGGCCACCUUUACCCAGGACCGACAGAUCCGUUUCCCGGGAGGGCAGCCGCUGCUGACCAAGCUGGUGACGGCUCCGAUGGCAUGUGGGGCAGUGAUGGUGCCCACCACCAUGUUCAUGGGUCAGGUGGUGACUGCGUACAACGCCUUCGCACCGCAGCCUGGCGGCACGCAGACCAUCAGCAUCGGCCCGCCCCCGCAGCCUGCGCAGCCGCAGCCGCAGAACGCCGUCGCGCAGACGGGGCCUGCGCAGGCCCAGAUCACGCAGCAGACGCAGCAGUUCCUCCAGGCCCCUCGCCUGCUGCAGGGUAACCAGUCUACGCAGCUGAUCCUGCAGGCUGCAUUUCCUCUGCACCAGCAGAGCAGCUUCACUCCAGCGCCACAGCAACAGCAACAACAACAACAACAGCAGCAGCAGCAGCAGCAGCAGCAGCAACAGCAGCAACAACAGCAACUCUCCACUCACAGGACUGACAGCCUGUCAGACCGCUCCAACACACAGCCCCAGUAACCAAUCAGAUGCAUGGACUGAGUCAAACCCAGCCGUGAGGGGGAGGGGCAUGAAAUGCAGUAUUGGGACUGUACCUCUGGCCACUCCUGUCCCAGGUGCUGCUCACUGUGGGGGGCGGGGGGGCAGGGGGAUGCUGGCUGUUUGCACUGAUAGAAGAAGGAACUGCCAUGCAUCACAGGGACACAACUCAUCACCAUGGCAACAGUACUGAACUUCUCACCACGGUAAUGGUGGAGAACUCUUCACCAUGGUAACGUACAGUGCUCUUUUGACAUGGCAACCAGAGAAGCAGCACUCAUUUUCCCUUUCCUCUCCAUGUUUCAUUUUGCCCAUCUAAUUGUCAUCCUCACAUAGGCUGCACAUUUGGAACAGCUGUUAUAGGGAGGCUGUGCAGCUGAAACAGCUGUUAGAGCGAGGCUGUGCAGCUGGAAAGGCUGUUAGAGAAGGGCUACACAUCUGGAACAGCUGUUAUAGAAGGGCUACACAUCUGGAACAGCUGUUAGAGAGAGGCUGUGCAGCCGGUACAGCUGUUAGAGAGAGGCUGUGCAGCUGGAACAGCUGUUAGAGAAGGACUGUGCAGCUGGAACAGCUGUUUGAGAGCGGCUGUGCAGCUGGAACAGCUGUUAGAGAAGGACUGUGCAGCUGGAACAGCUGUUUGAGAGCGGCUGUGCAGCUGGAACAGCUGUUAGAGAGCGGCUGUGCAGCCGGAACAGCUGUUAGAGAAGGACUGUGCAGCUGAAACAGCUGUUAGAGAGAGGCUGUGCAGCCGGAACAGCUGUUAGAGAGAGGGCUGUGCAGCUGGAACAGCUGUUAGAGAAGGACUGCACAUCUGGAACAGCUAUUAGAGAAGGACUGUGCAGCUGGAACAGCUGUUAGAGGAGGGCUGUGCAGCCGGAACAGCUGUUAGAGAGAGGCUGUGCAGCUGGAAAGGCUGUUAGAGAAGGACUGCACAUCUGGAACAGCUAUUAGAGAAGGACUGUGCAGCCGGAACAGCUGUUAGAGAGAGGCUGUGCAGCCGGAACAGCUGUUAGAGGAGGGCUGUGCAGCUGGAAAGGCUGUUAGAGAGAGGGCUGUGCAGCUGGAACAGCUGUUAGAGAAGGACUGCACAUCUGGAACAGCUAUUAGAGAAGGACUGUGCAGCUGGAACAGCUGUUAGAGGAGGGCUGUGCAGCCGGAACAGCUGUUAGAGAGAGGCUGUGCAGCCGGAACAGCUGUUAGAGGAGGGCUGUGCAGCUGGAAAGGCUGUUAGAGAGAAGCUGGAACAUCUGGAACAGCUGUUAGAGGCUGGAACAGCUCUGCUGGAGAAGGCCAAAUGACAGAGCUGGUUGUGUUCAUGUCAGAUAAUUAUGGGUCAGGAAAUACUUUUAAGAAUGUCAUGUGGAUUCUGCGUUAUUGUACAGACACCUGUAAAAUAAUAUGUAAAUAUCUGGACAAAAGGAAAGAGAACUAAUAUUUUAUAUGAUGCAUGGAAAGUGUAAUCUGUUAUUUGCAGCUUUUUUGUAGUAUUCUGAGGAAAAAACUAAAACGCUAAAAUACUACGGUUAAUAUUUUCAUGGACCUUUCCGUAAGACGUGUUCACCUGUACUGCAGUCAGCUGCAUGUUGUGUCACAGUUUGUUUAAUGGAGUGAUUUGUGUUUUAGUAAAAUUCUUGUCAUGGAUUUCAGAAAAAAACAUAUUUUUAAGAAACUUUGUUUUAAAAUGUGUUCCAAAGAAACACAAAAAAGUAAAAUGUAAAACUAUAAACUUAAAUGUGACAAAGUCAGAUUUUAAAAAUGUAAAUAAAAUGAGUAGAAGGCUUUGCAUGCUAAUAUAGAUUUAUGGUAAAAACAUCACUUGAAGUGCAGUGUUUUUAAGCGAAGUAGUCGUUCAUCACUUUUUAACAUUACCCUCAUGCUUCAUAACCGAUGACUUAAGAAUUCAUUAAUAUUCAUGAAUUCAAGAAAUUCAUGAACGCGUGAUACUCAUCGCGUGAUGCUCGUCCAGAAGAGGAUUAUCUCCUGCAUGUUUUCCAGCUUUCACCAUCAGCUGUGAGAGUUUAAUGAAGCUUUAUUGAAGCAUUAUUGAGGGAAUGGUUAACUAGUGUAGAAGACUACAUAAUGCUAAAUGGCAGUGCACCUCAAGUAGUCUCUGAAUUUGAGUGCCAAGUCUUUAGGCUUUUAGUUUUAAGUAUCUGAAAGUUUAUAGCAGUCUUGAUAUUUUCAAGUAAAAUGACCCCAAGAACAGAGUGUUAUAUUAAAAUUAGUUUAAAAUUUUAAUGAGUACCUUGAAAUAUUAAACAAUAUAAUCUCUUUAUUAA